AUGUCGCUUUACAGGACAGUAACGUUUUCCGCCUUCUGCGUCAGUUUCUUGACCGGUAAUUUAAUUAAUUUUGGCUUUAGUUUGCGAUGAAAAGUCUGUUUUUCGCGUAGAGACAUUUAUUUGAGAAGAUUAGAAUAAAACCUCAAAAUUUUUUGAAAUGCUCUGUUCUUCAAAAGUCCUACAUCCACGCGACGCGUUGAGGGAUACUGGCGUUUUUGCAGGCCGCCUGGUAUGGCACGAAUCGGUGUGUUGGUACGGGGAUCCGUUGGCAGAGAAAUCAUAUAUCGAACGUCGAAUGGCGCCUUGCGACUUCCUACAUGUCGCCAGCAUGGUGGACGGGGUAAUAGGUCUUGAUUAUUUUAGUCGCAGAAAAAUAAGCCUAAACUUUGAAAAAUAGCGAAGAAAUCUUAGACAAGGAGCCUUAUGAGCUAAAAAAAAAGUCGUUUCUAGCUAAAAAGACCAAAUUUUCAUCUAGUUAUCUAUGGAGCGCGUUUCCGCCAGUUUUUGGAUUGAAGAUUUUUUUUUGAACUUCUUUUUUUUAUACGAUUAUUGUUUUGUUUUGAAAGCCCGACAACCAUAUUCUCAAAAGAAUCAAUUUUUCUCUCGGUUUCAACGAAAAAUUGAUUAUUUAUUAUUUUUGAAGUUCAGUUCGAGAGACGUCUAUGUAUGAUUUCCCUGACCGAAAACGGAUUACACAACGAAGGCUGCACUUUAGCCCCAAAAGUAAUUCUUUUGUUUCAAGACAAUAAAACUGAGUAAAUGUGGAAUGGCUCAAUGCGCCGCGUUUGCGUCGCGGUCAAUUUUAUGAAGACUGCCUUGAUCGCACGCUAUUCGAUGCCACAAAGCGUAACUCAUUCAAAGUCGGUUGCAGAGUGAAAAUGACUCUCUUUGAGUAACAGCUCUAUUUUCACCUUCAAGAAAACCUCUCGCGACGCGUCGAGCCAUUCCAAAUGCGACCUUCCUCCACUCAUUCCGCAUAAACUGAAUUUCAGACGAAGUUUGAUCAAGACACGCUGAAAAGUAUUCUAAAGAAUGAAAAAAAAUCGUAUACUAUACGGUUUUACUGCAGGUCGUCCGGAUGCACCAGAGUGGUUCAUUUUUUUGAUUUUUUUACUUGAAAAAAAUGGCCUGAGGUAAAGUUUUAUGUACUUGUGCGCUGUAUAUAAAAAUCAUGAAAAUUUAAUUUCAUAAAGUUAUUUUCUAACAAAAUGUAUAAAUUAGUUUCUUUUUUUCAGAGCUUUUCAAGUUCGUAGUAGCAUUUUUCGAGAAAUUCUAUUUGAAAAUUUUUUCAGAUGGCCCGUGACAUGAUGCCGUUUAUAUUGAAGCCAAAAAGUGGGUCGUUUUGAAAAAAAAAACAAUAGAUCCGAUUUCCCAUCACUUGAAGCUCUAUGAGAAUGGCUCACUAAUCUAUUGUUGGAUACCGAGGGCACAUCCUGCUUGAACGACUUUAUUGACAAAUGCAGCUCUCAAAAAGUUGAUCGGUCCAAAUUGCAGCCCCCAAAAAAUUAAGAAGAUGAAAAGGCAUCUCUCAAAAAUAAAGAAGAUAAAAAUGAAGCUCCCAGUAAAUUGACCUGUCCAGUAUGCAGCUCCCAAAAGUUUAGAAGACGGAAAUACAGCUCCCAAAAAGUUGAUCAAUCUAAUUUGCAGCUCCCAAAAAGUUGAAAAAUAAAAAUGCAGCUCCCAAAAAGUUCAUCAGCCUUAAUUGCGGUUCCCAAAAGUUGAUCUGUCCAAAUUGCAGCCCCCAAACAAUUGAGAAAAUAAAAAUGCAGCUCUCAAACAAUUGAGAAAAUAAAAAUGCAGCUCCCAAAAAGUUGAUCGGUCUAAAUUUCAGCCCCCAAAAAAUUAAGAAGAUGAAAAUGAAUCUCCCAGUAAAUUGAUCUGUCCAGUAUGCAGCUCCCAAAAAUUUGAAAAAUAAAAAUGCAGCUCCCAAAAAUUUGAAAAAUAAAAAUGCAGCUCCCAAAAAUUUGAAAAUAAAAAUGCAGCUCUCAAACAAUUGAGAAAAUAAAAAUGCAGCUCCGAAAAACUCGAAAAAUGAAAAUGCAGCUCCCAAAAAGUUGGCCGGUCCAAAUUUCAGCCCCCAAAAAAUUAAGAAGAUGAAAAUGAAUCUCCCAGUAAAUUGAUCUGUCCAGUAUGCAGCUCCCAAAAAUUUAGAAGAUAAAAACGCAGCUCCCGAAAAAUGAUAGGUCGGUCAUAAUUGCAGCUCCCAGAAAGUCGAACUGUCCUAAAUGCAGCUCCCAAAAAUUUAGAAGAUAAAAACGCAGCUCCCGAAAAAUGAUAGGUCGGUCAUAAUUGCAGCUCCCAGAAAGUCGAACUGUCCCAAAUGCAGCUCCCAAAAAUUUUAUCAACUCAAAUUGCAGCUCCCAAAAAGCUGAUUUUUCCAAAUUGCAGCCCCCAAAAAUUUAAGAAGAUGAAAAUGCAGCUCCCAAAAAGUUCAUCAGUCUUAAUUGCAGCCCCCAAACAAAAAAUAAAAAUGCAGCUCCCAGCAAGUUGAUCGGUCUAAAUUGCAGCCCUCAAAAAACUGAUUAAUCCAAUUUGCAGCUCCCAAAAAUGUCGAAGAAAAAAAUGCAGCUCCCAAAAAUUUGAAAAAUAAAAAUGAAGCUCCCAAAAAUUUGAAAAAUAAAAAUGCAGCUCCCAAAAAUUUGAAAAUAAAAAUGCAGCUCUCAAACAAUUGAGAAAAUAAAAAUGCAGCUCCGAAAAACUCGAAAAAUGAAAAUGCAGCUCCCAAAAAGUUGGCCGGUCCAAAUUGCAGCCCCAAAAAAAUUAAGAAGAUGAAAAUGAAUCUCCCAGUAAAUUGAUCUGUCCAGUAUGCAGCUCCCAAAAAUUUAGAAGAUAAAAACGCAGCUCCCGAAAAAUGAUAGGUCGGUCAUAAUUGCAGCUCCCAGAAAGUCGAACUGUCCUAAAUGCAGCUCCCAAAAAUUUAGAAGAUAAAAACGCAGCUCCCGAAAAAUGAUAGGUCGGUCAUAAUUGCAGCUCCCAGAAAGUCGAACUGUCCUAAAUGCAGCUCCCAAAAAUUUUAUCAACCCAAAGUGCAGCUCCCAAAAAGCUGAUUUUUCCAAAUUGCAGCCCCCAAAAAUUUAAGAAGAUGAAAAUGCAGCUCCGAAAAAUUUGAAAAAUUAAAAAUGCUGCUCCCAAAAAGUUGAUCGGUCUGAAUUGCAGCCUUCAAAAAAUUGAGAAAAUGAAAAUGCAGCCCUUCAAAAAACUGAUUAAUCCAAUUGGCAGCUCUCAAAAAUGUCGAAAAAAAAAAAUGCAGCCCCCAAAAAGUUGAUCAAUCCAAAAUGCAGUUCCCAAAAAAUUAAGGACAUGAGAAUGCAGCUCCCAAAAGUUGAUCUGUCCAAAUUGCAGCUCCCAAAAAAUUAAGAACAUAAGAAUGCAGCUCCCAAAAGUUGAUCUGUCCAAAUUGCAGCUCCCAAAAAGUUGAGCAGACUAAAAAUAUACUGCCCCAAAAAAGCUUUGAGCCAUUCUCGUAGCUCUUCAAGCCGAAGGAACUUUUCGAAUAAUAUUUUUGCAGUGAGCUUAAAAAUUGGUGAUGUGACAAGCGUUGAAAAACUCGAAGAAAUCAAGAAAAAGUCGCCAAAAUCGAUCGAUAAAAUGUACCCGCCGGCACUGACACAAGCUAAAGAAGGUUUUUGAUUAAUUUGAUUGGAAAUUGUGGAAAUUAUAUUUUUAUAACGUGUAUUCGUUAUUUUUCCAGCGAUAUUUCCCAACAACACUUGCUACAACGCCUACUUCAACAGCAGUAAAAGUCCACAGUGGGAAAGAUCCGAGUUUGAAAUUUGCGGCCAGGGAAAAGUUUGUGAAAGGUUGAAUUUUUUGCGAAGAGAGUUUAUUUUUCAGGAUUCGUGUUUUAUUCGGCUCGAGGCGAGGAACAUGAGCCAUUCUGUGAAAAAAUCUCUAAACUAUCUGAAUAUCCGGAUGGGGUGUAUCGAAACGUCCCAGUGCGUUGGGGCAAAGAAGGGCGAAAGUUGUAAGCAUUUUUAUUUAUUCAUACGGUUUCAAUAGGACUUCUUUUAUAUUUCUUUAUGAAAACUUUUUUUUGUGAUUUUUCUUCUCAAGAAACUCCUCCAUGGCUCCCUAGCAUUCUUCCCUAGAGGGGCCGCUCACUGGAAACCCCUUUACGGACUCCUAGCAUGUUCCCCUUUAGGGGCCACUGGAACUCCUGUAGCCUAUUCACGGCUAGCUUGGAGUGCGUGGCCUGUCUGCGCCCUCCACCAACAAGGCACUGUCUCCUUUUUGAUGGUGUCAGGACCCAUUUUUCGAUGGCACAAGCCAGUUGUGGUUCAGCUAUAUAUGGGUGUAAAUCUUCAAAAAGGAACCGUCCAGGGCCCCCAAAGUUGCCCCUAUAGGUACCACUCUGGCGUUCCUACCUGCUCGGACCUUGGUAACGCGAACGGGACGCGAAACUGACGUGUCGGUGCAUUUCUAGUGACCACUUUAGUAGCCUUAACGCUUUUAAGUGAUCCCUUGAAUCGCCCAGAAACGUCCGAUUCGCGUCCCGUUCGCGUUACCAAGGUCCGAGUCGAUUUAAACUUAGUUCGGUGGGGCGCGUUUGAUGAGAAAAAAAAGGAGAUUUUGUCCCAAUUGAUUGAGAAAAUUUCAGUUAGGGGACCUCCGCGAAAACAUUUGAGAAGCAAGGCGUUUUUCGUCUGUUGCCAAGGAUUCAAUUGUAACAGCAAAGUGAGACUUUAUCAUCAUUUUUUUUAAAUUAAAGCAUUUUUUCCAGUUAUACGGUCAUUUAUACGUUUACGUUGACCGUUUCCGGAAGAGAAAGGAGAAUGGUUAGAUUUUCAGGAAAAGAUUGAAAAUUUCAUAUUUUCUUCAGAGUUCAACGACGAUUACAACCGUGUGAAGCGGUUUCGUACAAUCUCGACGUUACAAUUUCACUUAUCUGGUGACUUUUUUCGAUAUUUUCUCUCGGAAAAUCAAAACGGAAUGAACUAUAACUUUUUUUCCCCUAGAAGGAGUUUCGUUGGUCGCUUUAUCAUUGAUGAUUUCCGUCUUCUACUUUGCUUAUCAUCAUUUGCGCCCCAUGGCGAUGGAGUUACGACCGGCACACAUUGUGGACGUUCAAAACACCCUUGAGGUUUUCGUUAUAGCCCAUUCCGGCACCAGUUUUUCACGAUUUUUAUUCCCUUCGAUGCGCGCAGCCUGUCUCUGUGUAUGCGUCUUUAAUAAAACGGAAGUUUUUGGGCUAAAUAAUCGGGUUUUUGAAAAUAAGCUUCUCGGAAGGGUUCUGUAGUUCUACUGGUGUUAAGCUGGGGCUUAAUGGACUGUCCAUUCAAUAUUUCAUCAAAUAAAUUUUCAGGACAUUCCGCGUGACGCAAUAGAUACAUUCAACUGCGAGAGAGUCACAUGA